AAUAAUAAUAAUAACAAUAAUAAUAAUAGCAUCAUUGAUAAGAACAAGAAGCGGCUGCCAUUAUCACAAUCACCCCACAACAAUAAUCAAUACAGACCUCUGAACAGGAAAGGGACGAUAGCAUCAUUUCUAUAUAAUAAUAAUACCGCUGAAAAGAUGAAGAUGUCAAAAUUAUCUAAUCAAACUAACUCUCAGGAUCCACAAGCCGUUAAUUCGCGUAUAUUCGUUGGAAAUUUGAAUACAUUUCAAUGCUCGAAAACGGAUGUCGAACGUAUGUUUCAAAUUUAUGGGCGUUUGGCAGGCAUUUCCAUGCACAAAGGUUAUGCAUUCGUACAAUUUACAAAUCCGUUUGAUGCUCGCAAUGCUUGCCUAGGAGAGGAUGGGAAAACCAUUUUAAGUCAAACGCUGGGUAAGUAGUAUUAAAAUUUUUCAAAAAAUAUUUAUCCUCUUGAA